UGCCUCUGUCGUUCAGUUCUUCAGACUUAGAGGUGAACAAGCCGGGUACUUACUGCUCGCCGAAGACCUCUGACGCCUGAAAAACAGCACAUCAUGGCGCCAUCAGCAAUUCAGGACCCUGUCUCCCAGGUAUCGCCCAGCCAAAUCCUGGUAAAGCCGUGGAACCGUCCAGUUCAGACCAGGGAGAAGCUUGACUGGGCUCCCCUGACCACGAUCGACCUGUCACGCUUCGACGAGCCAGGAGGCAAGCAGCAACUUGCCAAAGAUCUGUACGAUGCCGUGACCAGGGUCGGCUUCUGGACAGUCGUCAAUUCCGGCAUUGAUGAUGAGCGAGUCCUUCGACAGUUUAGUAUUGGAAACACUUUCUUCAAAGAGCCACUGGAGGAGAAGCGCAGAUACCCCUGCAAUUUUGCCGAAGGAGAAUACUUCGGAUACCGUGAAAACAGCAGAUGGGUUGGCGACACCGGCGUCAAGGAGAACAUUGAAAUGCUCAAUAUUCCGAAGGCUAUCCCAGCGUAUGCCGAUGUUGGAAAGCACGAGAUUGUCCGCGAACAUUAUGAUGAGAUCGCAUCGUUCCACCGUGAGCUCUGGGAAAAAGUCAUCCGCAAACUCUUUGUGCUCAUUGCCAUCAUCCUCGAAUUGCCCGAGGACUAUCUGGUGAACGCUCAUGACUAUGACCAGGAGUCCGACGAUCAUCUCAGAUAUAUGAUCUACAAUGUCCGGACUCAGGAUGAAUGGGACCGGGCCCAGGCGUACUCCAAAGGCGGCCACACCGAUUUUGGCAGUUUGACUCUGCUCUUCUCGCAACAUGUGGCGGGCUUGCAGAUUCGUACGCCGGAGGGAGAGUGGAAAUGGGUCAAACCCGUCGAGGGCGGCAUCACUUGCAAUGCCGCCGACACUUUGACUUUCCUAACCAAUGGCUUCAUUAAAUCGACAAUUCACCGCGUUGUAACGCCACCUAAAGACCAGAUCAACAUUCCUCGUCUUGGACUACUUUACUUUAGCCGACCAGGAGCAAACACGCCUAUGAAGACAGUCCCGUCACCACUCUUGGACCGGCUCGGCCUCUUGAGUGAGGAAGACAAGGAUCAGACUCGCAAAGUGCCAACAGGGACCGAGUAUGUGCGGGCGCGUGUCAGGGAUGUCCAUCAUAAGACUGUGAUCGACAAGCGUGAGGGGACGGCUUUUGAAUUCAAAGGAUUGAAGGUCCAGAACUACUACGAUUAGCGGUUCAGACAAUGGCGACCAUAAAUAUCUCUGGCUCUCCGUCCCGUGCGGCUGUGAAUGUGUUCUCUUCGCAAGCAAGUCACAUAUCCGAAGUUCUCCCAGUUGAACAGGUUGCCAGUUGGACGCCAGUAAGCAGUCUGGUGUUCGAUAUAAAUAUCAAAAUAAAUACGGGAUUCAACCCGAGUAUGACAAGCUCCGAAAAA